CGAUGCAAGGUGCUGACUGAGCCCUAUGAGAUGUUGGUCACGAGCUAAGCAUGUAAAUAUUUAUAUAAAGGUGGUGGACGUUCGCGCUCCAUUGAACCAGAUCACCAAAUAAAUCAUCAUCACAAUUGCCAUUCGUCACUCAAUCAAAGAGUCAAUAUUCAUACCAACCUCUACAAACAGUACUUCAAGUGCAACAUCGUCUUGAAAUUCUAUCUACAACCAAUCAACUGAUCAUCAUGUCGGACAUCCUUCACAAGAUCAAGGACGCUGUCCACCAUCACCAUCACGAUGGGGCUAAGCAUGACGAAGCCAAAGAGAAGAAGCAUGCUUCGCACCACAAGUCAAAUAAUGGAGCCCGGCCAGACCUGGACUUGAACUGCGCCCGCCCAGCGACCCGCGACCCCGUCGAUCUCACGGGCCGUCACGUCGCGCCCGACGAUCGAGACAUCGACGGCCGGCGUCGCUCGCACGACCACGAUGCUCCCGACCUAACCGGGCCGCAUCAAGAGCACGAGAGUGUUGAUAUCAACGGUCAACACCCUAGCACCCACAACCCACCCGAUCUGAACAGCCCCACGGCGAGCUCUUCCGCCCGUCACUAGACAAGGAGGCUCGCGGCGGCAGGAGAUAGGAGAGUUGCACAGUUAUUAUUGGAUAGCAGAGAUACCCUACAGGUUUUUGAGAGUAAUUAGAGUUAAUGAUGUAAAUGAGGAAUGCGAAUAAUACCAUCUGAGACACUAGAAAAUGAAUAUAAACAUGCUUAUUGCUAGCUAGCUACUACGAUAAGUUGGAGAGUGGUUGAUAUCAGAGGUCAAUAGUGCAUAUCUCCAACUGUGGUGACGCUCAGUUGGCACAGCCUCUCUUUGAGCCUGAGACUGAAGACUCACACCUAGUCACCGCCUGUGAUUAUUUGAUUGAUUUCCCAAGGAUAGCUCUGAAUAAGAAAAUUUCGAGCGUAUUUUAAAUAUUG